UGCCUAAUGGCAACGUCGGGCGCAACAAUAGCGCGAGUGGCGGCGGGCGGCGCGCGGCGGCGGCGCUCUCCGGCGGCUCCGCUCCCCGCUCCGCUCCGCGCCGGGUCACAGCGAGGCAGAGCGGGGGCCGCGGCUCCCAGAUGCCGGCGCGGCGGCGGGCGCGGGGCUCGGCGGCGCGCUGCCGUGCGCUGCGGCGGUAGCCUGCGCGGGGCGCGGGCGGCGGCGGGCUGCCUGCUCCGUCCGUCGCCUGGCUGCGGUCGGAGUCCGGCGCGGUCGGAAGCCGCGAUGAGUUUUUUCUCCGCGACUUGAGCCCGCGUGGCGGCGCGCGGCGGCUGGAGGCGCCGGGCCGCUCCUCCGCGGCUGGCGGAGCGGGGCGAAGGGGGAAGCGGAGCCGCGGGCAGGCGGUUUCGCCGCGGGGAGCAGAAAGCCCGCAGGCGCGGAGGACAUGGGCUCGGCGCCGCGGUGAGCGAGGGAGCGAGGGAGCCUCCGCUUUCCUGAGCGCGGUUCGCUUUCUCGGGAGCGGCGGCGGGGAAGGGGGCACAGCGGCUCCCGCCACCGCGCCCCUCCUUCAGCGCCGGCCCCGCGGCUCGCGGCGGCGAUGGAGCUGCGCUCGGAGCUGCCCAGCGUGCCGGCCGCGCCGCCGCCCGUGCCCCCCAGCUCGGUGGCGGCGGCGGCGGCGGCGGCGGCGGCCACGCUGCCGGUGAGCGUGGCCGGGAGCCUGCUGCGGGCGCCGCCGCUGCUGCUGCGGGCGGCCGAGAAGUACCCGCGGACGCCCAAGUGCGCGCGGUGCCGCAACCACGGCGUGGUGUCGGCGCUCAAGGGCCACAAGCGCUACUGCCGCUGGAAGGACUGCAUGUGCGCCAAGUGCACCCUCAUCGCCGAGCGGCAGCGCGUCAUGGCGGCGCAGGUGGCGCUGCGGCGCCAGCAGGCGCAGGAGGAGAACGAGGCCCGCGAGCUGCAGCUGCUCUACGGCACCGCCGAGGGGCUGGCGCUGGCGGCCGCCAACGGCAUCAUCCCGCCGCGGCCCGCCUACGAGGUCUUCGGCUCCGUGUGCGCCGGGGCCGGCGGCGAGGGAGGCGCCGGCGCCUCAGACGCCAAGGUGCAGAAGUUCGAGCUGUUCCCCAAGACGCUGCUGCCGAGCCGCGCCGUGACCCCGCAGCAGGCGGGCGCCAAGCCCCUGUCCCCGGACGGCGAGUCCGCGCCCGGCACCUCCUCCCCGGACGCGCGCCACGGCUCGGGCUCGGAGAACGGGGACGGCGAGUCCUUCCUGAGCUCGCCCGUGUCCAAGGGCGCCAAGGAGGGGGAGGAGAGCCCGGGCUCCAUCAGCCCGCUGGGCUCGGACUCGGGCUCGGAGGCGGACAAGGAUGAGCAGGACCCGUCGCCCGCGGCCGGCGGCCGGCAGCGGACUCCCAUCGACAUCCUGACGCGCGUCUUCCCGGCGCACAAGCGCAGCGUGCUGGAGCUGGUGCUGCAGGGCUGCGGCGGGGACGUGGUCCAGGCCAUCGAGCAGAUCCUCAACAACCGCGGCCCGGACAAGGGCCCCGAGGAGGCCUGGGCUCGGGACGGCGCCCUGCAAGGCCUGCCGCCCACCCCCGCCGCCGCCGCCCACCACCGGCCCUUGAUAGCCGGCGCCAUGGCCCCCGCCAUCGGCGCCCUGGGCAGCCGCUCCGCCUUCUCGCCCCUGCAGCCCAACGCCACGCACUUCGGGGCCGAGGCCAGCGCCUACCCGCUGGGCACCCACCUGGGACUCAACCCGCUGCGCCUGGCCUACUCGGCGCACAGCCGCGGACUGGCCUUCAUGACGCCCUACUCCACGGCCGGGCUCAUGCCCACGCUGGGCUUCCGGCCGCCCGUGGACUACGCCUUCAGCGACCUCAUGCGAGACCGCUCCGCCGUGCACAAGGAGCAGGUCUACUCCAACGGGCUCUACGGGCCCAUGGUCAACAACACGCCCGAGAAGCAAUAGCGCCCGCGGGUGGCAGUGCCGAGCCCUGGCGCCCGGGGCAGCCGUGUGAAGCUGCUCUGUGCAGAGACAGCUAGAUAGGCGCACGUGUGGGCGCAGGUUGCUUGCUCUCUCCCGUCUCCCUCUUCCAGGCAACUAGAUGCGGUGCUGAGCACGGGCUUCUGCACUGAGCACCGCGUGGGCAUGAGGCGGAGCGGAAACUGGUGUAUUGCAAAGGUUAUAAAGGUGCACUUUCAUUGUCGAGACAUGAGUCACUCUCUGUUGCUGAUGGCCAUAAGCAUGGAUCUCUUCGGUGCAUUGUGGGGUGUGUGUGUGUGUACGAACACACACACACACUUUCCCACACACACAUACAUAUAUAUAUAUAUGUAUACUAGCAAGUGUAUAAUGUUAUAAAAUGGAAAUCUAAGUUAUUAAUGUAACUCGUAGGUGAACUUGGUAUUAACGUUAAGCUAAAGGUUAGACAGCUCAUUGUAAUACUUAUAAGGCAUAUAGAUUAAAUAUAUUGUCAAAUUGAAAGCCUUUCUCUUCCCACCCCCAGAAAUGUUACAGUCUGUAUAUAACAUGGGAAAGUAGAUAUAUUUGUAACUGUCCGUAGGACCCAGGCGCCAAUGAUGUAUGACAGUUUAAUAAGCCUCCUUCAUUUGUGUUCCGCAAGAAAAUUGCUGUCUUGUUCCAAUGUAGCAAACUUCUUGCUGUUUCUAACAGGUAAUUCUGUGUUUCCAUUUCAUAGAAAUAAAUGUUAUUUUCUAUUAAAAAAAAAGAAGCAGUCUUAUAAAUGGCAAGUGGUAUUUUAUUAGAUGGUGAAAGUGUGUUUUGGCAAAUUCAUUUAACGAGUUCAGUCAAUAUUUAAGCAAGUUUAUGCAAUUAGUACCAACAUGUUUAUUACAUUUUUAUCAUGGUUAAACCAGCUACUCUUCUGAAAAUUUAUAAAUAAAAAUGAAAGCUACAAAUCAGACAGAUAAACGUAUUUGACAAUUUUGAUUGAUAAGUUAAUUUCCAGUUCUGGUCCUUUUAUUAUUUGUGCCAGAAAAAAAAUCACAGUUGAAAAUUUAAUGGGAAAUUUUCCUUUAAUGUCUUGAUGACUUUUGUCACAUUUAGAAAAUCUGAAAUUCUCUUAGAGGACAAAAGCAUGGUUAAAAUAAACGGUCGUGUUGCGGAAUGUAGAGUCUAUAACAAGUGGGAGAGGUAGUUUUUCCUCCUAUUUGAAAUGUGUGCAUUUUAAUUCUUUCUCUAUCAAGAUAAGGGAUAAUAAUGAUUAUUUUUUCAGAAUGUAAGAACGUAUUUGAGACAGGUUUAAAAUAGUUGCGACACAAGAUCAAUGCGUUGAUACAAGUGUAAAAGAUUAUUUUUAGAGCUGAUCCUGCAUGUCCUUCCAGAUCUUCUCCAUAAUUUCACGAGUAAAGGCUGCAUGUGGCAUUUUUUGGCAAUGUAGUUUCCGACUAUUCUUCAAGACCAAAAAAUAUGAAAUACGUUCUUUCUUUUAUUUAUUUAUGCGUUGCAGUAAGAGUGAGGCAUGUCCUCUGCGCAUCCAAAGAGGCAAUCUUUUGGAAGGCCAGAGUGUGAGUUUCGUAUCGGUCCUGGGAGUGUUUGGCCCAGGAAAACUAUUACUCACAAAAAACAGGUUCAGUGUGGGGUUGAAUUAAGACUGUAAAAGCUCCUGAAGUUGGUUGGUAUGGAAACCUAAUCCCACCGAACCGCUCUGUGGCACAGCUGGACUGUUUACUUUCUCACUUCAAAUAUAACUGUGUAAACAUUGGCUUGGAACUGACAGUGCUGCUCCUAUAAACCAGUUAAUAUAUUGGUGUGUAUGGGAGGAGAUGCGUCUCUCCUUAGUUAUUGAGGGAAGCCCUGGGGUAAAAUCAAAGAACGGUGGCGAGUAAAAUGCAAUUCUUCUUUCCCUCGAGCAAUUGAUCAAGCUGGAUACAAUUUUAAGAUUUUCUUCUGGGAGUAAAUACUACCGAUUACACCAAGGUAAAUACUUUUGACCCUGAUCCAUCCUGGGAGCAGCCAAAUCAAUAUCACAAGGGAAACUUUUUAAAGUCUCGUGUUCCAAGAGCGGGUGAAACUUAAUAUUACUACAAUAAAAUGGUUUAAUAAAGAAGGGCUUUAAUAGUGAGCUAAUUUGAUUGAGUUUCCUAAUUCCACUUUAAUUGGAAAAGGAGUUGUCUGUUUGGUUAUAAAGUGCCAGGGUUAUGUUAGACUGGAAAAAAGAUGGACUUUGAGCAUCUGAAUAAACUUUUUUUUUUCUUUUUUGGCUGGCA